AUGGCCACAAUAAAUACUAUUUUCAAAGAUGUGCUCUCCUACAAUGGCACCUUAAAUACUAAAUAUGCAGACUUUACAUCAUCCAAACAAUCAAAUGUUUCGGGAAAAUGCAUUUUCUAUAGUAAUUUUGUAUUUCGUGGUUUUCUGUAUUGGCAUGGCAUCGUUGUAGAUCCUUCGGGGAACUUCUACUACAGGUGGCUGGCUGUGACGUCAGUGGCCGUCGUCUAUAACAUCCUUCUUAUCGUGGCUCGCUCGGCAUUCGGAGAACUCCAACGGAAGUACGUCGCCUUAUGGAUUACAUUGGAUUACCUCAGUGACCUGGUCUAUCUUAUAGACAUGGGUGUGAGAUUAAAGACAGGUUACUUGGAGCACGGAUUGAUGGUUAGAGAUACCAAAAAAUUGCGAUUGAAUUAUUUGAGAUCAAAAUCGUUUCGUUUCGAUGUUGCUAGUAUUUUACCAACUGAUCUUUUCUAUAUCAUAACCGGUAUUAAUGUGCCGGAAUUACGGUUUAAUCGCUUACUCCGUUUUACCAGACUUUGGGAAUUUUUCGAUCGGACAGAAACCCGUACAAAUUUCACUAAUUUGUUCCGGAUUUGUAAACUAGUACUGUACAUUCUUGUGAUUAUUCAUUGGAAUGCCUGCGCUUAUUUUGCCAUCAGCCAUUCGAUUGGAUACGGGGCAGACGGUUGGGUUUAUCCAAAUAUUUCAGAAAAAAAAUUCGCACCUCUAACGCGAAAAUACAUUUAUAGUUUUUACUGGUCAACUUUAACAUUGACUACAAUUGGGGAAACACCGGUCCCCGAACGUGAUGAAGAAUAUUUAUUUGUGGUGGUAGACUUCUUAAUCGGUGUUUUAAUCUUUGCCACUAUUGUUGGUAAUGUCGGAAACAUGAUAACAAAUAUGAACGCUCAGCGCGCCGAGUUCCAACAAAGGAUGGACGGCGUUAAGCAAUAUAUGGAGUUUCGUAAAGUAAGUAAAGAACUUGAACAACGUGUGAUUAAGUGGUUUGAUUAUCUAUGGACCAAUAAACAAUCUCUGAAUGAAGAAGAGGUUCUGUCGGCGUUGCCAGACAAGCUAAAAGCCGAAAUGGCCAUUCACGUCCAUUUGGACACGCUGAAACAAGUAAGGAUAUUUCAAGACUGCGAGCCCGGUCUUCUCGUUGAACUAGUUUUGAAACUAAAGUUGCAAGUGUUCAGUCCCGGAGAUUACAUCUGCAGGAAGGGCGACAUUGGUCGUGAGAUGUACAUCGUCAAAAGAGGACAAUUGCAGGUAGUAGCCGAUGAUGGCAUUACCGUCUAUGCUACAUUGACUGACGGAAGCGUGUUUGGAGAAGUAAGUAUUUUAAAUAUUGCCGGAAAUAAAACUGGGAAUCGCAGAACGGCCAAUGUCCGAAGCAUUGGAUAUAGUGACUUGUUUUGUCUCUCUAAAAAUGACUUAUGGGAUGCUCUGACGGAGUAUCCCGCUGCUAAGAAACAACUGAUUGAACGGGGGAGGCAGCUGUUGCUAAAAGACAAUCUUCUAGACGAGGAAGUGCUUAAAAAGCAAGAAGAAAAUGAAGAAAGUACUUCUCAAGUAGUAACACGGCUGGAGACUAGCUUAGACACGUUACAAACACGGUUCGCUCGCUUGUUGUGUGACUUCAACACGACACAGCAAAAGUUAAAACAACGCAUAACCAAAUUAGAGAAAGUAUUAGCACGAGACGAUGACAGCGUGUCGAAAGUCUCCGACCAGUCCAAUAAUACCGAGACGUAGCUAUAAACAAACACGCUACAAGCGAACACUUAUAACUUCUUUCAAAGCCACAGUUCCGUAAAUAAAGACAGCAACAUGGUGAAGCAAAAAGUUGCGGCCAUGUUGGUAGCGGGCGACAGGAGGAGCAGCAGCAGAGAUAAAUAGCAUCAACUGCAGGAUUAAGCGUGUAACAGUAGCAGCAGCAGCAGCAGCAGCAGUGACGGUAGCAGCUGCAGCAACAACAGCAGCAGCAAAGGCACAUAACAUCCAUCAGCUGCAGGCAGCAUCAACGACCGUUUCAGCAACAGCAGCAGCAGCAGCAGCUACAUGCAUCAUCAUCAUCAUCAUCGUCAUCACCAUCAUCACCAUCAUCUUCAUCGCCGUCGUCGUCGUCAACACCACCACCACCACCACCACCCAUCACCACCACCGCCAUCUUCUUCAUUACCAACAUCACCUUCUACGUUGUUAUUGCUCCAGCUGUUACAUUAACUAUUGACAUCUGUUACAAUUGCUUUUAUCGCCGACAUCACCACCAUUAUCACCGAUGAUGGUAGCCAUGGUGUCGGCGAUAAUAAUGAUUUUGGUCAAGGUUGUUCUGAUCAUCAUAAUCCUCUUUUAUUGUUACUAUUAUUUUUUUUAUUAUUAUAAUUAUAAACAGAUCAUUGUUAUUAACACAAUAAAGAAUCUAUUAUCAUUA